GUCACACACACACACACACUGCUCCUCCUGCUGCUGCUGCUGCUUUGUCCCCUCGUGCAGGUCAGUCAGUCCGAGCGAGCGAGCGAGCAGUCCGGUCCGCGCGCGCACACAAGCAGCACCCGCACCAGCACCAGCACCAGCACACCCGCAACAACUCUCCUCAACAACUCUCCUCCUCCGCAGAUCACCGCGCAAGCAAAGAGAAACGCACAUCAGGCACCAUGGGGAAAGGCUGCAUGACAGUUACCAAGUACUUCCUGUUCCUCUUCAACCUCCUCUUCUUCCUGUUCGGAGGCGCUCUCAUGGGCUUCGGACUCUGGCUCCUCCUCGACAAUCAGAGCUUCAUAGUCGUCCUGAAUAACUCCACAGGGGUAAAGGUGGCAUGCUACAUCCUGAUCGGAGUCGGAGCUCUCUCCAUGCUCAUGGGCUUCCUCGGCUGCUUGGGAGCCAUUUAUGAGAUCCGCUGUCUGCUCGGCCUGUAUUUCACCUGUUUGCUGUUGGUCCUCCUCGCUCAGAUCACCGCCGGCGCUCUCAUCUACUUCCAGAAGACUGUGAGGAGGAAGCAGAACUCUGAGCUCUGA